AAGCAGGAAGUGAAGGGUGGUUGUGUGUGUUGCUGUCAGAAAGAAGGAAGAAGAAGAGGAAGAAGAAGAAAACAUGGAGGAAAGUACAAGAGCUGCAUGAAUCUUUAUUCAAACCCAGAGAAGAAACGAUCCACAACAUGGGGACUCCGCGGAGAAGAAACGGAAUCGAGCCGGGAAGGAAACCCCCGAGCGCUCCUAGUGGUGUGAAGGAAAAUGUGCCACAGAAGAAGAAGCAGAAGAAGCAGCACUUCCACUCGGACCUGUGGUUCCUUCUCACUCUGCAGAACUGGAUACUGGACUUUGGAAGGCCCAUCGUCAUGAUCGUCCUUCCUCUGGAAUGGUUUCCUCUGAACAAGCCCAGUGCUGGAGACUAUUUCCACAUGGCCUACAAUGUCAUCACACCAUUCCUACUGCUCAAGCUGAUCGAGCGCAGCCCCCGUGCGCUGCCUCGCUCUGCAGUCUACGGCUGCAUUAUCUUUUUUGUCAUGGGAGCCAGCAUCCACCUGGUGGGAGACUCCGUCAACCACCGGCUCGUCCUCAGCGGCUACCAGCUCCACCUGUCCGUCAGAGAGAACCCCAUCAUCAAAGACCUUAAACCUGCUUCACUGAUUGACUCCUUUGAGCUGCUGUAUUUGUAUGAUGAACAGCUGGGACACUGGAUGUGGUAUAUCCCUUUCUUCAUCAUCCUGUUCAUGUACUUCACCGGCUGCUUCACUGAGACAGAGGAAAAGAAAAAGGUUCCUUGGACUGGUUGGCUGUUGCUGUUACCCAGCGCUCUCUACUAUUGGUACUUGGUGACCGAAGGACAAAUCACUGAACUUUUCCUCUUCACCUUCCUUGCCAUGGUGGCUGUGGUGAUACACCAGCGGCGUAAAGGCCUCGGCCCGGACAGCAAUGGCCUGUUCCUGCUCUGGAGUUUCGGCGUUACCCUGGUCCUGAUGGCGCUGUGGGUGCUCUACCUCUGGAGAGACCCGGUGCUACGCAACAAGUACCCCGGACUCCUUUACAUGCCAGAGCCCUGGUCCUACUACACCUUGCACAUCAAGAAUAACCACUGACCUGCACCUGAGACAGAUUUCCUUUGGCAGAGACAGCGGCUGCACUCGACUCAUGAGGAUCAUUAAUGUGCACCAACGUCAGAGGAGACAGGUUCCCUCCUGCAGGCAGCAGCACCUGCACUGAUACACAGACUUUAACAGGUUCAAACUGUGAGGCUCGGUGAAAAGUCGGUCUCACUUUGCAGAUGCGAUCACUUCUGCUCAACCUGGACUAUGAUACAUGUCAUAAACCAGCACUGCCCGUCACAGGAAGUGUUUUAAAUCCGCCCCAAUGGGAAUGUUAAUUCUAAAGGUCCAGCAUGUAAGAGUAAGGUGAAGGGGAUAUAUUGGCAGGAAUUGAAUAUAAAAUGAUCCUAGUAAUGUUUUCACUCGUGUGUUUAAUCUGGAUUGUAUGAAAUGUUGUUUUCUUUACACUAGAAUGGGACCUUUUAUAUUUAAAUACUUUAUAUUUACAUCAGGAGCGGGUCAUGUUUUUUUUACAGUAGCCCAGACUGGACAAACUAAACACCCUUUGAGUUUUUACGAUAACUGAAGCUUCCACAGGUUCUCCUUCAUGUUUGGAAGGAGAGGGUGAGGUGAGGGGUAUUCAGCUGUAACAUGACAAUUCACCACUAGGUGUCACUAAAUCCUACACACCGAACCUUUAAUUGAAGGUUUAAAACCAGUGUUGGGAUGCUAACAUCCUCAAGGCUAAUCUGAGCUGUUUAGUUACAAAUGAAAGAAAAGGAUUUUUUUUCUUAAUAGAAUCCCACUUUUUUAAGAAAACACCGGAUAUUAUUGUAGCUACUUUCAGAGACGACGGGGGGGGGUGAUCCUGUAAAGAACAUGUGGUUUGUGUGUGAAGUCCUGCUGAUUUUUAUACUGUCGGUGUUUGUUUAUCACAUGUCCCAAAUACUACUGUGUAUUUAUACCAUGAAGUGUUUACACCAUGUCCGAAUGAAGUCAGGGCUCAUUUGUAUGUAAGCAAGAGAAGAUUGUACUGUAUUGUUUCUCUGCUGUUUGGGAAUCACAGGAUGUUUUGACAGAUUACUGGUAAACACCUACUUUACUUUAAUCAUAAAAGUAAAUAGGUGUCGCCUCAGGCCCUUGUACAGCCUGCGGCUCUUUGAGUCUUUGGUCAGAUCCCAACUAGUAGAAACACAGAUCAUCAAUGACACAUGUGACCUUUUUAUACCUUUUAUACCUUUUUUUUUUUUUUAUCACAAAAUAAAAUAUGACUUAAAAAUUUGAAAACAAAUGUACAACAAAUUUUGCAAAAACCACCCGUACAGUCCUGUAAUGACUCUUGAUUAAACAUGAGAACUGACAUUCUA